GGGAAGACCAUCAUCCGUCCCGAGUUUCCUUUCAUCCAUCCCCAUCUCAACGUUCACGAAGUGUCAAAAUACCCUAGCCCCCCUUGGUUUAUACGAUUUGUUAUCGCCGGGGGCCUGUGGUCGAUUAUCAAGAUGGCGUUCGCAACGAUCAACAAAAAUUCACCGGCCGUGAAUAAUGUUAAUAUCCCCGCCAUUGAAGAAGCGUUCGCCGCCGAACCCUCUCUCAAGAAACGAGUCUACGACGCGAUCGGAACCACACCGCAAUAUACACCUCUGUUUGAAGAUAUUGCUAGAUAUACAUCCAGCCUGCUGGCCAGGAAACCCGACACGUCCCUUCAGCCUGUAGAGGCAACCAACGACGGCCCUGCUGCGAAGAAACGAAAAAUACAAAAUGGAGAUGCUCCGGGCGUCGCGCAAUCAACCGAUCUCAAGGCGAAUAAGUCCCUACAAUUCUACAUGCAAGAUGUGUCUUUUGCUAUGCCGCAGCGCAAAAAGCUCACGCUCGAGAUGACCGCCGGGCGCGGUUUUCUUCGCGCAAGAAAUCAAACAUCAAAGGAGGUUGAAUUUGGGAUUGCAUUGGAUAAUAUCCGACAUGUUUUAUGUCUUCCCGUGCCCGAGAAGAACCAGCGACAGUUCAACUUUUGCAUCAUCCCUCAAUUUGGCGAUGGGGUCAAUUCGCCCCCUGGUGGGGAGCCCGCGCCUGAAUCUAUGGUGUGGACAGUAAAUGACGGACCUGCUAAGGCCGCAUAUUCAGGAACUGGGCAGCAGAUUGGGAAUAAAGAGGGCGAGACAGCUGAGAGUAUGCUUCGCCGGAUAUUCAACGACAACCUGACGCAGACGAAGGUUGUGCGUCCGGAUGAGAGGGAGUUUGUGAGCGCCAUGCCCGAGGCGCAUCGCAAGGGAGAGAAGGCCUAUCAUGUCAAGGCUUUCCGCGGUAGCAAAGAAGGCUAUCUGUUCCUGCUCUCUACAGGAAUCUUGUUCGGGUUUAAAAAGCCAUUGAUCUUCUUUGCUUUCGAGAAUGUCGAGUCGAUUUCGUAUACAUCUGUGCUCCAGCGAACAUUCAACCUCAAUGUCGUGGCUCAGCCCAGUACGGGUGACGAAACGCAAGAAUUCGAGUUUUCGAUGAUUGACCAGGCCAACUUUUCUGGCAUUGACACCUACAUCAAGACACAUGGUCUACAGGAUGCCAGUUUGGCAGAGGCACGACGCGCCAAAAAGUACAAUGUUAACGGAGCGAAGACGGAGGAAGGCGAGGCAGCCAGCGCAGAAGUUGGUGCUGAAGGCGAAGAGAGUGAAUUGGCCAAGGCGCAACGUGAGAUUGAGGACCAAGAAGAAGAGGAUGAGGAGGAUUACGACCCUGGCAGCGACGGUGAAAGCGAAGGAAGUGGCUCCAGCAGUGAGGAAGAUGAUGACGAAGACGGAGAGGGCGCGGAUGAAGACGAUGACGAUGAAGAUGAAGACCUCAUUGCGGAUGAGCUUGGGAGUCAAGCCGAAGAUGUUCCGGCCGAUGAACUAUGAUAUUAUCACGGACCAUGCUGUUAGUGGAAGAUGAAUGUGGCAGGGUAUAUCAAUCUUGUGUAUUGUAUUCUGGAACCACGGUCUACACAGCCAUAACCUUAGUCCACAGAUAUAAAAAAAAAACUAUAAAUACAACGUGGGUGCGGAGUACAGAGCAGCGACAUGCACAUUUGACGAUAAGCUAUGAAGCAAUGAUGUACCGUAGUGGUGUUUCAUUGGAGUGUGAGAUCAGGAGAUGUCUACAUUAGCUUGAUACAUACAUGGCGGUGGAAGAUUCGCCAUGCCACCGUGAUGUUUCAAGGCU